AUGAGCGCCGAACAGCGGCAAGCCACAGGUGCUAGCAGCAAAUUCAAACGACGAUGGACCGACCCAGAAGAUGAUGGGAAAGCAGCGGGGGAACCGAAGCGUCAGCGAGUCUCUCGGGCUUGCGAUAGUUGCAGGUCGAAAAAGGACAAGUGUGAUGGACUACAACCAGUGUGCUCAACGUGUGUAUCCCUCUGCCGACCUUGCACCUACAAGGCCAAUCCGAAGAAGCGAGGUCUGCCCACCGGCUACAUUCGAUCGCUGGAGUUGCUUUGGGGGCUGGCAUUUCAAAGGAUCCAAGGCAGUGAAAAUGUGAUGCGAGCUUUGAUGCGAUCAAUCAAUCUUCGAAGCCAUUUGGCCGCCAUGGGCAAGGAAACGGAGGGGUCCGAUACAUUGUUGGCUUCCUUCAAAAACAGCACAGUACUCAGAGACAUUGAACGCAUUCUGAUCAUACUGGAGCAGCCGGAGGAGGAAAGAGAGCGGAACCUCCAGUCAUAUGGCGAAGGCGAUACACCUCUAGAAGUAGAAGGAAUUCUUUCUUCCGCCGAAGCACAGGAGUGGCAGAUCCCUGAAGGCAUGGAAGCUAGCGGGACGCCAUUACCAAGAGUAUCGCCGACUCGACCAGCAGCGGGCAUCUCUCCUAUGAAGCCUACCGGAACACACUCGACUACAGACUGUGGUAUUCAGACAAUUACACCAGACGACCAAUCCUCGUCCUCUGUCACUUUCUCAUCGAACCCUGAUUAUCCUCGAUCAAUUUCCAUGAAAACUGCUCUCCGACUCCCGCAUAACGCAUGGCCUCUUUUUGAUGUGUACUUCUCCUACACGCAGUGCUGGUUCCCCAUACUCGAAAAGCACGACAUACUUCGCACCGCUUUUCAGUACACGGAAGGCGAUGCAUAUGUAUCCGGCUUGAGCCCCGGGUCUGGGGAGCACGCUGCCUUGUGGGCUGUGCUUACUCUCGCUUCGCUUCAAUAUGCUUCUAUCUCAGCCUCUAGCCGAGUGGAAGAGCAGCCUAGUGAUCAGAUGACCCCAUCACAAAUGUAUGUUACUGCCCGGCAAUUGAUUCCGCCUGAGGGUGGCCCGCACGAAAUCGGACACGUGCAAGCACUGUUGAUCCUGGCCCUGGUCAAACUCGGACAACAAGAAUGGACUGGUGCCUGGAUGCUUAUCGGUCAGGCUGUUCGGAUUGCGCAUAUAUUAGGUAUCAAUCAACCUUCAUAUUCAUCAUCAUCGAGAACUCUGGACCAAGAAAAGCAGCUCGGUCGAGCAAAGCAUGUGUUUUUGGGUUGCUUUAUUCUUGAGACCUUAAUUGCAGAAUCGAUUUCACAAUCCCCAUCGCUCCGGAAGGCAGACUUAGCCAGAAUAGGCUCUAUCAAUGAGGAUGGUCUUGAGGAAUGGCAUCCCUGGGAAGAUCAAACGGGGUUGCGCCCUCCCCAAUCUUCACGGGCUUCUAUGCACCGUGGUCCCCUUCACGCGUUGAGCACUUUCAACCGCCUCGUCAGCCUCGUGUCAAUCUUGAAUGAUCUAUGCUGUUGCAGGCACGACCCAACGAUAUCUCGAUCACAGCUUGAGCAACUGGAAUUGCAAUUACAGCGCUGGGUAACAGAAUUACCAAAGAGCUAUCGUGUCGAUCUACAAUCUCGCCCAGGGAGACUGGCUUCCCCGCAUAUUUUUGGCUUAGAAAUGACAUAUGAAAGUGUGGUUAUCGCUCUCAGCUCUCAAAUCGCCAUUCGUGAAUAUGACCAAAACAUACCUGAACCGCCACACAAGAUUCGUGCUACAGAAAGCUCAAAAAGGUUGUUGCAGUUGCUCCACGCCUACACGCAGACAUACAGCUUUCCGGCCACUGCACCAACCUUCGGUUUGAUGCUUCGGUUUGGCCUUCCGCGAUCGAUUUCCAGGGACCUCCCAUCAGAUCUUGAUAGGAGUUUACGAAACAAAAUCCACAACAUUUCUUCCCAGCUUUCCCUGUUAUGGACUAUGUUGGAUCAAGAACUUCCAGCUGGUUCAAAUGUACCACAAAGAUCUCAGCUCUUGGGUCCUUCAUCUGCCAUCUCACAACACAUCGGUUCCUCUACUGACGGAGACGUGACAAUUCCGUCAUCAAUAGCUACAUCUUCACAUCUUCUUCAUGACGCAUAUCCAACACAUCCGCCCCAAAAUAAUACACACGCGGCGGCUGCCCCUGAAAAUCCAUUCCUCCCCACGUCUUGGCUCAGAACAACACAGCACAUCGAAGAUGUGGGGCGCGCUCCUGAAUUUCCCCCACAGGGCCACAUGGAUGGUUCUCUUAGCAAUGUUCUUUCUCAUCCCACAUCAGCGCCUAACAAAUCCCACAAUACUACCGGCAACCUCGCCGACCUUCCGCCAUCAUAUCACCAAACCACACAAUACCAUCCAACGACGUAUCAUGACCCAUCGCUCAAUAUGGGUGGUACAUUUGUUGAUAUGGAUAGUUAUGCGCAUUCAAGAAGACAACGGAUUGCUCCUGAUCUCGAUGCAUUAUUUGAUGAGCUGGCGUCAUUAGAUGGUGCCGAGAAAGCCGAUAAUCAACCAGAAUUUAUGCAGAACCUAGGUUUUGUCUCUGAUGCGGGUAUUCCGGAGCUCUACUCGUUUUCCAGUCAGAUUGAACCGUUCUUGUUAGCACAAACCCAGCAGCUACCCAAUAAUGGCACUCCCCCCGAUAUCGGACGAGAGUCGCAGCCUCUUGGCAUGUCAGAAACACCCAAGCGAUGA